AUGGCGAACGCACAAAAAUUGCUGAUUUUUUCUCUUGCGAUAUUAGUAGCUUCAAUGUUUAACAACAACAUUUUGGUUUCAGGUGGAGAGUACGAGAAUAAGGUCACUUACGCAUUUGAUGUGUGCUUAAUUGAUUGUAAAAGUAAAGGGUAUCAAACCGGAACUUGUAUAAUUGUUCCGGAUCAUAAGAAUCCUCGAGCAAGAUGUUGUUGUGGUUACCUGAAGCCAUAA